GAGGAUAUAAUAAUUAUGAUGAUAAAUAAUUAAGAAAUAUUUAAAUUGGGCAAUUAAGUAAAUUUAUAUAUAUCAAAGUGUAUUUUUCUAAAAACUUAAACAAUGGUGUAGUUUUCAAAUUAAUAUCAUAUCUAAGUGUAUUUCUCCAAAUUUUCCCUAAUACCAUUAUCAAAAUUAGCAAAUUUUAAAGAAUUAAAAAGAAUUAUGUUAAAUAACAAAAAAAAAAAUCAGGAAUCCAUGAAAAUAGGUAGUAGUUAACACAUUAUGAGGAAACUGUCGUUACAAAAACUCCGAAGCUAACGUCAAAAUCUCACUUUUCUCUUCAUCAUCAGUCUCCAUGAUCUUAAAACACGAUUGAUGUAACUAUGGAUGUGUUCUUCGAGGUUCAAAGAGGCCCAACGUUCUGCAUCGAACUAGGGUACUGGGACACAGUGCUAGAGAUCAAACAAAAGAUCGAAAAGUAUCAACGUAUCCCUGUCGCCAAACAAACCCUUUUCUUUCAAGGCAAGGUUCUUCAAGACGAUCACGACAUCGAACAAUGUGCCAUCCUCAACAACUCUCAUCUACAGAUUAUCAGCUCGUCUCUAGGCACCGACCAACACCGCAACAAUCAAGUGCUAAAAACCGAGCAAUCUCCACCGUCAAACUCAACGGAACCGAUCCUUAACGGUCAAGAUUUGCCUGUGAUGAUGGCUAAGACCAACAACAACAACAACAACAAUAACAACCCUAAGAAGCUGAGAGUGAUGGUGCUGCCGAAAAGCGGGACAAUGAAGAUUCCUGUGGAGGUGAACGCGAGUGAUAACGUGGGAGAGCUGAGGAAGGAGCUGGUUAAGGUUCAACAGAGGUUUCAGAUAAGUCUGCCUCAAGAAGGUUAUUUCUUUAUAUAUAAACAGAAUGUUAUGGAGGAUGACCGGUCGUUCCGGUGGCACCGUGUUGAUCAUGGUGAUACUAUUGAGAUUUUCAACGGAAGUGUUUCCGGUGGCUCUUAAUCUAGCUUUUUCUUCAAGUUAAUUUCUUGUUUAUCUUCCAUAAUUGUCAUCUGCUUCCACAGCUUUCUGCAAGUAUGUGCUUAGGAAGAUCUUAAGACAUUACUAAUAAGACAACAUUUGAUCUGAAAAAAGAGGAGCUUGUUGUUAUUGAGUUACUUCUUCUCUAAAAAGGCAAUCACACUUCA